GCUGUGGGACUGCCGGGCUGCUCGGGCUGCGCGGCGAGUGCAGGCGCCGCCGCCUCUUCGCUUCCCCGACCUGCCUCGCCGCCGCCGCCGCCGCCGCUCCCGGUCCUCCGACUCUCCGCCCUGCCGCCACCCAGCUCCGGCUCCGGCUCCGGCUCCGGUUCCGGCUCCGGCCGCUCUCCACCGCCGCCACCUGGGGAUCCCGAGCGAGGGGUGGUGGUCUUCAUCCUCUCUGGGACCAGCCUAAUGACCCAGGAGGGAAGAGGGGCUUCCUGCCAGUUCCAGUUGGAAAAAUCCUAGGGAGGCACUCUGAUUGCCUCAUUUUGGGUCAUGUGCCUUUCCUUGGACCAAUGGCUGUGGUUGUCCUUGUCGAAAGGAACCAUGAAUUGGCAUUUUCCCUUCUUCCUUGUGGCCACAGUGACGUUGCCCUCCGUGUGCUCCCAGUUCAACCCCCUGUCUCUGGAGGAACUAGGCUCCAACACAGGAAUCCAGGUUUUCAAUCAAAUCGUCAAAUCCCGGCCUCAUGACAAUGUGGUCGUGUCCCCUCACGGGAUCGCGUCUGUCCUGGGGAUGCUUCAGCUGGGAGCCGACGGCAGGACCAAGAAGCAACUCACCACGGUGAUGAGAUACAGCGUGAAUGGAGUCGGUAAAGUGUUGAAGAAGAUCAACAAGGCCAUCAGCUCCAAGAAGAAUAAGGACAUUGUGACCGUGGCCAAUGCAGUGUUCGUGAAGAACGGCUUCAAGAUGGAGGUGCCCUUUGUCACCCGGAACAAAGACGUGUUUCAGUGUGAAGUCCAGAACGUGAGCUUUGAGGAUCCAGCCUCCGCCUGUGAUUCCAUCAAUGUGUGGGUCAAGAACGAAACCAGGGGUAUGAUUGACAACCUGCUCUCCCCAAAUCUCAUCGAUGGUGCGCUCACCAGACUGGUCCUGGUCAAUGCCGUGUAUUUUAAGGGUUUGUGGAAAUCACGGUUCCAACCCGAGAACACAAAGAAACGUACGUUUGUGGCAGCCGAUGGGAAGUCCUAUCAAGUGCCCAUGCUCGCCCAGCUCUCCGUGUUCCGAUGCGGGUCUACAAGCACCCCCAACGAUUUAUGGUACAACUUCAUUGAACUGCCCUACCACGGGGAAAGCAUCAGCAUGCUGAUUGCCUUGCCAACCGAGAGCUCCACCCCGUUGUCGGCCAUCAUCCCUCACAUCAGCACCAAGACCAUAGACAGCUGGAUGAGCACCAUGGUGCCCAAGAGGGUACAGGUCAUCUUGCCCAAGUUCACAGCCGUAGCACAAACAGACCUGAAGGAGCCCCUGAAAGCUCUUGGCAUCACUGAGAUGUUUGAUCCAUCAAAAGCAAAUUUUGCAAAAAUAACAAGGUCAGAAAACCUGCAUGUUUCUCACAUCUUGCAGAAAGCAAAAAUUGAAGUAAGCGAAGAUGGAACCAAAGCUUCAGCAGCAACAAGUAAUUCUGCGAUUCUAAUUGCAAGGUCAUCACCUCCCUGGUUUAUAGUAGACAGACCUUUUCUAUUUUUCAUCCGACAUAAUCCUACAGGUGCUGUCUUAUUCAUGGGUCAGAUAUACAAACCCUGAAGAGUGUACAAGAGAAACCAUGCAAAGCAAAGGCUCCUUUGCGAUGAAAACAAGACUCCUUUCCUACAUCUUUCAUAGUUCUGUUAAAUAUUUUUGUACAUUACUUUCUUUUUCAAAACUAGUUCUUAGGAACAGAGACUCAGUGAUGCAAGCAUUUCUGUUCUGGGAUAUAUAUCAAAGGGAAAAAGGGGCAGGAUGGCUGGAACACUGUACUGAUGAAUAGAAAGGCUUCAAAAUGUCUAAAAAAAAUCCUUUAAACUACUGAGCUAACCCUCUUGAGUAUUUACUGUCCAGUUCAGGAGUUUUGUUUUGUUUUGUUUACAUGUGUGGCAUUUCAGAAGAAAUUGAAUCAGUGUGACGGGGAAAAAAAUAAAUAAAAUAAAAAUUAAAAAAAACCCGCAACAACACAUUUUAUGAUAGCUUUUACUUUUUUAUGAAAAGAAUAUUAUUGGCCUUUUUAAUUCUUUUGUUUGGGUCCCAUCCAAAGUCUAUCAAUUGAUAGUAAGUAUUAUUUCGGGGGUAGAAAUAGUGAAAUCUCUAGCCUCUUUGAGUGUUUUUGUCGUCGUCGUUUUCUAUAAUGCAUGUAUUCACUAAAAUAAAGUCUAAAAAACGAAUGUCUUGCUAGACAAGGUUUGCUGUUGUGCAGUGUGCCUGUCACUACUGGUCUGUACUCUUUGGAUUUGCAUUUUUGUAUUUUGUACAAAGUAAAAAAUAAAGUGUUAUGAGUAGUAAAAAAAAAAAAAGCCAUUUCUCUGUGAUUUGAAAAUACAACAAAAGAAACAGAGCCUUUUAAAAAUACUUUAACUUCUUCUACUAAACCUUUGCACUCGGGCAAGCAGCAGAAAACCCACGGCCCCUGGCUUUGUCCUCCUGUUUUCCUCUAGUGCUGGCAAUCAGACACUGUCUGUUCCCGGCUUCACCACCUCUCAGCUUCUGAGUCCCUGCCUAGGAGGAGAGCAGGCUGCACUGGGGCAAUCCCAGCCCUCAUAUCAGCAGUGGCUCCCUCAGGGCAGGAUUCAGAAUGUUCCCAGCAAAGAGUAGGGUUUUACAGCAAGUGCACACGGAAGGUGCUGGGUCCUGAGACACUUUGAACUCGGAGUGAACAGCGCAUGUUACAUUUUUGGUGAUCGGCCGGAGUGUUUGUUUCCUGAUAGGAAAAGAUGUUUUGUUUUGUUUUGUUUUGUUCUGUUUUUGGAGAACUGCUCACAAUUCCAAGGUUACCAUUUUUUAUUUGCCUAGUUUGUUGUCAUUGUUGCUUUACUAAUUUCCUAACGGUUUGAGUCAUCUAAUAUCAGAAUGCUUUAAAAUAUGUAUCAAAACUUAAAAACAUUUCUUUUAAGACCCA